AUGUAUGGAAAGUGCGGCAGCGUGGAGGAGGCUCGAGCGGUGUUCGAUCGGAUCAGCGACAGGAACUUGGUGUCGUGGAACAUCCUCCUUGCGGCAUAUGCCCGAAACGUGGAUAUUGCUCAAGCAAGAUGCAGCGAUGCCAUAACCGGAUAUCGUCUCGUGGACAACCGUGGUUGCCGCAUUUGGCAAGGCGGGGGUCGAGCGACAGAGCUGUUUGAUUCGAUGCCUCACAAGAUUGUGAUCGCGUGGAACGCUAUGAUCACGGGUCAUGAAAAGGCUGGAUUAAUGGAAGAGGCAAAGAAGCUCUUCGAUUGCAUGCCGCUCAAGGAUGUGGUUUCGUGGAACGCUAUGGUGGCGGGAUAUGCCGGAAACGGGCAACUUGAUCUGGCGAGAGAGGUUUUCGAGAGCAUGAUCUUGCGAGACUCGGUGUCGUGGACGACGAUGAUCCGGGCUUACGUUACUGGAGGAGAGAUUGCCAAGGCCAGAGCUUUGUUCGAGAGGAUGCCGAUGGAGAACGUCGUAGGGGCCACACCGAGAAUGGAGACUUGGAAGAAGCGAGAGCUUUGUUCGAGAAAAUCCAGUGCCCCGACGCGAUCGCGUGGACGACGAUGA